AUGGCGCCACAGACGUCAAUACCACUAGCUGCGAACGUACUCGGGACCAUUGGAACAGUAUGUUGGUGCGUCCAAUUACUACCACAAAUAUACCGGAACUGGAGAACCAAGAAAACAGAUGGACUGCCGGAGUCCAUGAUGCUGCUGUGGUCAAUUAGUGGAGUACCCUUCGGAGUGUACGCGAUAGCGCAGCAAUUUACCAUUGCUCUUAUCGUUCAACCACAGUGCUUCUGUGUGCUGUGUGGUGUUAGUUGGGCGCAAUGUCUCAUAUACAGCCGGAAGUGGCGGACCUGGACCGCAUCCCUCCUGCUCUUCGCUCUCCUCGCCGUUUUUGCAGGAGUAGAAGUCGGCCUUGUCUACGCUGUUCGACAACCAUACUCCGACGGGCUAGAGUGGCCAGUGUUGUUGAUCGGCAUCGUCGCCUUUCUCACUCUCAUUUCAGGCUACAUGCCCAUUCCGUUUGAGCUACUCAAGAGAAGGGGUCGUGUUGUAGGCAUCGAUUUCAUCUUCUUGGCCAUCGAUUGGAACGGCGCAUUCUUCUCGCUGAUGGCUCUCGUGGCCCAGAACGAGUUUGACGUGCUCUUUGGGACGAUGUACGCAUUAUGCUGUGCCAUCGAAAUGAGCAUGGUCGCCUCACACUGGAUCUGGCUGUUCCGAACUCGUGGGAUCCGUGGGCGCGCGAAAGAAGCUGGUGUGAAGUUCGAUGAGUUUGAGGAAGCAAUCGCCUGGCAGGCUAAGGGUAUUGAUAUCGAGAAGAAGAUCUUGCGCUUCUUUUCGAAAAAUAGCAUUCUCGAAGAGGGUAUACACACAGAUGGGACUGGCGCGGACACCCCUGUGAACCCGGAGGAAAUAACCCCAAAGACAGUACCGAACGCGGUUGUAUAA